AUGAAAUUUUUAUGGACACAAAACAUAGUUUUUUUUUGAAAAUAACACAAAACAUAGUUAUUUACUAUAAAUCAUAGAAACCAAAUUGAUUCUAGAAACCAAACAUGGCUUCCUCUCUAUUUCACUUUCUGCUAUACUCACUGAUUCUUCAAUCCAUCAUCAGUGUUGUAGCUCAAAACAAAAGUACUAUAGCCAUUGGUGAUUCUUUUACAGCACAAACUAACAACUCUCAAUGGUUGCUUUCACCUUCUGGUGAAUUUGCCUUUGGUUUUCUUCCACUUGAAGGCACUGAUCUUUUUUUGCUUUCCAUUUGGUAUGCCAAAAUUUCUGACAAAACUGUUGUGUGGUAUGCUAAUAGAGACAGUCCUGCACCAAAAGGUUCAAAAGUGGAACUCAAUGCCAAUGAUGGCUUGGUGAUAACUUCUCCAAAUGGUGACAGUUUGUGGAAUACUGAAGGACUCAACGCUAAAGUUUCUAACGGUGUGUUCAAUGAUACCGGCAACUUUGUGCUUAAGGGUGAAAAACUCAACAGUGUUUGGGAGACUUUCCAGUCUCCUAGUGACACCUUCUUGCCUACUCAGACUCUCCAAAAGGGUGGAAAACUUUCUUCAAGGCUUAAGGAGACAAAUUUCAGUAAAGGAAGGUUUGAGCUUCUUUUACAAGAUGAUGGUAAUCUUGUUAUGCAUUCUAUUAAUUUACCAUCUGGUUAUGCCAAUGAAAACUACUAUGAAAGUGGAACUGUUGGUUCCAAUACAUCAAGUGCUGGAACUCAAUUGGUCUUUGACAGAUCAGGGUACUUGUAUGUCAAGGGAGAGAACAAUGAGAAAUACAAUGUGUCAGAAGGAGUGAAUAAAGUCUCUACCACUGAUUUUUACCUUAGAGCAACUCUUACUUUUGAUGGAGUGUUCACACUUUACAAGCAUCCAAAGAGUUCAACUCAGAGUGAAGGCUGGACCAUAGUAUGGUCUAAACCUGAUAAUAUAUGUAAUCAUGUUGAUAAUGAAGGGAGUGGUGUUUGUGGAUAUAAUAGCUUCUGCACUUUGGGAGAUGAUAAGAGACCAAUAUGUCAGUGUCCACAACGCUACGUACUGGUUGAUCCUGAUGAUCCAAAUGGUAGCUGCAAGCCAGACUUCAUACAAGGAUGUGCAGAAGAUGAACUAAGUAAAAACAGAAAUGAUCUCUAUGACUUUAAGAUUUUGAUUGACACCGAUUGGCCUAUGGCAGAUUCUGUGCUUCAAAGGCCUUUUACUGAAGAAGCAUGUAAGAAAUCUUGCAUGGAAGAUUGCUUUUGUUCUGUGGCUAUUUUCAGGUUAGGUGAUAGUUGUUGGAAGAAGAAGUUACCACUCUCAAACGGGAAAGUUGAUAAAACUCUUAAUGGUGCUAAGGCCUUCUUGAAAGUGAGAAAAGAUAAUAUAUCCCUUGCUGGUGUUCCUCAAAAUCCAACCAAUGUGACAAAGAAUAAUAAUAGGGAAACUUUGGUUUUGGUUCUUUCUGUGCUUUUUGGUAGCUCUGCUAUUCUAAAUGUUGUAUUCAUUGUCGCAAUAUGUGUCAGCGCCUCCUUCAUUUUUCAGUACAAAAAGAAGCUUAGAAGAGUUAGCAAGAAUGACACUUCUGUUGAAAUUCAAUCCAAUUUGCGUUGUUUCACUUAUAAAGAACUUGAAGAAGCUACCAAUGGGUUUUACAAAGAGCUUGGAAGGGGAGCUUUCGGUAUUGUUUAUGAAGGAGUCAUCAACACAGGUUCCAGAACUCGUGUGGCAGUGAAGAAGUUGAACAAUUUUUUGCUGGAUCAAGCUCAUAGGGAAUUCAGGAAUGAACUGAAUGUCAUUGGUCUCACUCAUCACAAGAACUUGGUUCGUUUACUUGGAUUUUGUGAGGGUGGAAGUGAAAGAUUGCUUGUUUAUGAGUUCAUGAGCAAUGGCACUUUGGCAAGUUUUCUUUUCAACGAUGAGAUAUUGAAACCUAGUUGGAAACUAAGGCUAGAACUUGCAAUAGGAAUAGCUAGAGGACUUGUGUAUUUACAUGAAGAGUGCAUCACUAGGAUCAUCCAUUGUGACAUAAAGCCUCAAAACAUACUCCUUGAUGAUUACUUUAAUGCAAGAAUUUCUGACUUUGGAUUAGCCAAAUUGUUGAACAUGAAUCAAAGCAAAACCAACACUGGCAUAAGGGGAACAAAAGGGUAUGUUGCACUUGAAUGGUUUAAAAACUCGCCUAUCACAGCUAAGGUUGAUGUGUAUAGUUUUGGUGUAGUGCUACUUGAGAUAAUUUCAUGUAGAAGAUGUGUUGAAGAAAUGGAGCAAGAAGAUGAAGAGCAGGCUAUCUUAACUGAUUGGGCUUAUGAUUGCUACAAAGAUGGUGCUGUAGAUGCAUUGGUUGAGGGUGACAUUGAGGCAUUGGCGGACAAGGAAAAGUUGGAGAAAUUGGUAAUGAUUGCUAUUUGGUGUGUUCAAGAGGAUCCAUACCUUAGACCAACCAUGAGAAAUGUGAUACAUAUGCUUGAAGGUACUGUUGAAGUGCCAGUUCCACCAUACCCUCACAAAUUAGUGUUCAAUAUUCUAUAAAUUAAUAAGUAGGUUAGCAUGAUUGGCAACUUGUGAUAAUCCUUGUUGUGCUGUUUUAAGGGUACUCUAAUAUUUUCAUUUAUGUCUUGUUUGUCAUUAUAUUGUUUUAUGUUCCUUCAACAUUAGUAUUUGAGCUUCAAGAUUGAUUA